GUGCCCGCCCGCCCCGUGGUGAGGGAGCGGGAGGCGGGGUGCUGAGUCAGCAUGACUCGCCAGGAACAGCCGCGCUCUGGGGCGCUCUGGGGUUAUUUUUAAAGCUCCCGGCUUCCUUUUGGGCUGGCCCCUCCUGCACCCUUCUCACCGCGCCCCCAGCCCCUCUCCUUGCCGUGGCCUCCCUAACAGCCUCCAGUUCCCCUUCCCCCCAGCCCCUGCUGGCCUUCCAGCUGGCUCUCUAGGGGCAGGGUGGACAGAGAGUUGCCCACUGGGAGAGACGAGGUCGAAGGGCAGUCAUUGGGGCCAGAGUGCCUGCUUGCUGUGCCCCCGGGUUAUGACGACCCCCAAUAAAGGAAACAAGGCCUUGAAGGUGAAGCGGGAGCCAGGCGAGAAUGGCACCAGCCUGACGGACGAGGAGCUGGUGACCAUGUCAGUGCGGGAGCUGAACCAGCACCUGCGGGGCCUGUGCAAGGAGGAGAUCGUGCAGCUGAAGCAGCGCCGGCGCACGCUCAAGAACCGCGGCUACGCCGCCAGCUGCCGCGUGAAGCGCGUCACGCAGAAGGAGGAGCUGGAGAAGCAGAAGGCGGAGCUGCAGCAGGAGGUGGAGAAGCUGGCCUCGGAGAACGCCAGCAUGCGGCUCGAGCUGGACGCGCUGCGCUCCAAGUACGAGGCCCUGCAGAGCUUCGCCAGGACCGUGGCCCGCAGCCCCGUGGCGCCCGCGCGGGGGCCCCUGGCCGCCAGCCUCGGGCCCCUCGUCCCCGGCAAGGUGGCCGCCACCAGCGUCAUCACGAUAGUAAAGUCCAAGACGGACGCCCGGUCGUAGGGAUGUGCUCGCCCGGGCGGGCCUCGGGGGGCGUGGCCGCCCCGUCCCCUCUCCUCUCCGCCCCGCCCUCCUCCCUCCUCCCCUGCAAAGCACAACCUGCACCCCAGGGGCGCUGGGCUGAGCCCCUUUGAUCUCGUCGUUGUCAUCGUGUAUUUUGUACAUUGGAUCGGUCAGUUCGGCAGUGACGUGGGGGGCGCCCCGGCCCACUUUACACCGAGGCCGCGUGGGCUCGGAGACCAGUGCCGGCCCCGCGGGAGCAGGCAGCGAGGCGCCCCUCGGGCUCGCUCGGGG